AUGUUCAGCUUCCCGCGACUCAUCGUACUCCUUCUAGUCACUGUCUACGUCAUGUCCCUCACUGCGCCAAAACAAAUGGUGUUCGGUUUCGGGAAGCGCUCCAUCGCCAUGAUCCCAAUGAAACGCCGCUUCACACAGGGAAGUUUCACGAUGGGACUCGGAAAGCGUGGCGGAUCGAGGAAAAGCUUCCACAUGGGAUUUGGAAAACGAUCAGCCAAUCCACAAAUUUUCAUUUGA